UUUUUUAACACUGAGUUUUUAAACAAAUUUUUCUCCUUAGUGACUUUUGGAAUGGUAAACCCACAUAUGUAUUACUUAAACAAGGUUAUGUCAUCUCUAUUUUUGGACACAUCUGUGCCUGGUGAAGAAAGAACCAACUUUAGGUCUAUUCGCAGUAUAACUGACUUUUGGAAGUUUAUGGAAGGACCGUUUCUGGAAGGUCUGUACUGGGACUCAUGGUACAAUAGCAACAAUUUGUAUGAUUUAAAGAACACCAGUCGCAUCUACUAUGAGAACAUACUUUUAGGAGUCCCCAGAGUCCGUCAACUAAAAGUCCGAAACAACACAUGCAAGGUCUAUUCAUCCUUUCAGUCCUUGAUGAAUGAAUGUUAUGACAAAUAUACUUCUAAAAAUGAAGAUCUGUCUGAUUUUGGCCUUAAAUCUGAUUCUGAAUGGAAGUACUCCACUCCUAAUAGGAGCUCCCCUUGGCACUGGGGAUUUGUUGGUAUAUACCGAAAUGGGGGAUAUAUUUUCACUUUAUCAAAAUCAAAAUCUGAAACCCUAAGCAAGUUCAUUAACCUUCGACUGAACAGCUGGAUCACAAGAAGCACUAGAGUUAUUUUUAUUGAUUUUUCAUUAUACAAUGCUAAUGUAAAUCUGUUUUGCAUUAUCAGAUUGGUGGCAGAGUUCCCUGCAACUGGAGGAAUACUUACUUCAUGGCAGUUUUAUUCUGUGAAGCUCCUCAGAUACGUUAGCAACUAUGAUUAUUUUAUUGCUUCCUGUGAAAUCAUAUUUUGUAUUUUUCUUAUUGUCUUCACAACACAGGAAAUCCAAAAAAUGAGAGAAUUUAAAUCUGCCUAUUUCCAAAGUAUUUGGAAUUGGCUGGAAUUACUACUUUUGGUGUUGUGUUUUGUGGCCAUUGUCUUCAACGUGUACUGUAAUACACAAAUUUCUCUCUUGCUUGGACAGCUGUUAAAAAAUACUGAAAAAUAUUCAGACUUCUAUUUUCUUGCAUACUGGCACAUUUAUUACAACAAUAUAAUCGCCAUAACCAUCUUCUUUGCAUGGAUAAAGAUAUUCAAAUUCAUAAGCUUUAACAAGACAAUGUCUCAGCUGUCAUCGACUCUGUCCCGCUGUAUGAAAGAUAUAGUAGGAUUUGCCAUCAUGUUUUUUAUAAUAUUCUUUGCUUACGCCCAGUUGGGAUUUCUUGUUUUUGGAUCACAGGUUGAUGACUUUUCCACUUUUCAAAAUUCCAUAUUUGCACAGUUUCGAAUUAUUCUUGGAGAUUUUAAUUUUGCUGGUAUUCAACAAGCCAAUCGUAUCUUGGGACCCAUUUACUUCAUCACUUUCAUCUUUUUCGUGUUCUUUGUCCUGCUGAACAUGUUCUUGGCAAUAAUUAAUGAUACCUAUUCUGAAGUAAAAGCUGACUACUCAAUAGGCAGAAGGCCAGAUUUUGAACUUGGUAAAAUGAUUAAAAAGAGUUACAACAAUGCCCUCGAAAAACUCAAACUAAAGAAAACUCAAAAGGAUGAAAGUAAGGAAAGUAAGAAAAGCGAAGAUUUGGCUGAACAAGCCAGAAGAGAAGGCUUUGAUGAAAAUGAGAUUCAAAGUGCAGAGAAGAUGAAAAAAUGGAAGGAGAGGCUUGAGAAAAAGUAUUAUUCUACAGAAAUUCAAGAUGAUUACCAGCCUGUCACUCAACAAGAAUUUCGAGACCUCUUCUUAUAUGCUGUGGAGCUGGAGAAAGAAUUACACUACGUUAGUUUAAAAUUAAACCGAGUGAUGAGAAAGGUUUCAGCUCUACAAUAUUGA